AUGUGUUUUGCUUGCACGCAGCACGGGAAGCACUCGGUGUCCUGCUGUCACGGAGGUUACACCGCCAUGAACCCCAUGGAGGAGAGGCAGCAGACCAGCUACACGUACUUCUACCUGCCAUUCAGUGACCGGGACUGCUCAGAGAAGAAUGAGGCAAGGCAGGGCGGCAUGGGACGUCCUAACCUCAGGAAGAGGAACCAUGGAUCAAUAAUUUUCCAGUCUCUGGACUUUCCAAUCGAAGGGGAAAACCAGUCAGUACCCACUGUACAACCUCUGAGCCAUAUCGCUACAGUUAAAAGGAAACUGGUUCCUGAAAAAUCGAAAUCGGACACUUUGUAUAAAAGCAAGGUCCAUGAGCCGGUGAUCGAUCAAAAGUACGAACUUAUCGAGGAUCAUAGAUCUAUUGGAAGAUAUUCAAAAAAGGGUUACAGCUCAAGUGACGAUGUUCGAGAAACCUUUGCCAAAGCCAGAAACGGAAAAUACAGACUGUUGAAGCUGGAUAUCGAAGAUGAACAAUUGACUGUGAGUGUCCGUGAAAAGCCAGGAAGCUCUUGGGACGAAGACUACGACGCCUUUGUUUUGCCAAUUUUAGAUGAUAAGCAUCCAUGUUAUAUUUUAUAUCGUUUGGACACCCAAAAUGCACAGGGCUACGAAUGGGUCUUCAUUGCCUGGUCACCAGACUACUCUCAUGUAAGACAAAAAAUGUUGUAUGCUGCAACUAGAGCCACUGUGAAAAAGGAAUUCGGAGGAGGACACAUAAAGGAAGAGCUUUUUGGAACUACUAAGGAAGAUGUUUCCCUUAGUGGGUAUAAUAAGUACUUGGUUUGCCGUUCAGCUCCUGCCCCUCUUACUGCAUCAGAAGAAGAGCUAAGGCAAAUAAAGAUAAAGGAGAUCCAAACAGAUAUUGGAGUAGACACAAAACAACAGACUCUCCAAGGGGUUGCUUUCCCAAUACAGGGAGAUGCAUUGCAGGCACUGGAAGAGCUGAAACACAACAAGCUAAACUAUGUUCAGUUGAAAGUAGAUAUACAAAAUGAACUCAUUGUUCUGGCAAACACGGCACACACAGACGUGAAGGACUUACCCUCAAGAGUUCCAAAGGAUGCUGCUCGCUAUCACUUUUUCCUGUACAAGCAUUCCCAUGAAGGAGAUUAUUUAAAUUCUAUAGUGUUUAUUUAUUCAAUGCCUGGCUAUGCAUGCAGUAUCCGCGAGCGUAUGUUAUAUUCCAGCUGUAAGAACCCUCUGUUAGAUGUUAUUGAAAACCGGCUGAUGAUGGAAGUUGUCAAAAGGAUUGAGAUAGACAAUGGGGAUGAACUGACUUCAGAUUUCCUUUACGAUGAAGUACACCCGAAGCAACAUGCACACAAGCAAAACUUUGCAAAGCCCAAGGGCCCAGCAGGGAAGAGAGGUAUAAGGAGGCUGAUCAGGGGUCCAGCAGAGGCUGACACGGGCAGCGACUAGACCAACAUCUGGAACUAAGACAUCAUGUGUGGAGAUACAGAACUGUAAUCAUUCCAUGCCUUUAAUUUUGUAGGCAGAAUACAAAGUGCCUCUUGAUCAAAAGGGUCUGAUGGGAACAGCUCUAUAGCAGCCAAUCCUAUUCUCGCUCACCUUUUCCUAUGUUGCACUGAAAGCAUAAAGGGAGAAUUUGGUUGGUUUUGGUGAGCGAAUAGCACAGUUCUCCCUUCAGAUGCUUUCAGUCAUGAGGACUAAUGUCUCUUUGUCAUUCCACGUAGUCAACUCAACUCCUUGCACCUUCUGCUUUACUCCCUUUUUUUAAUUUCAGGAUGGAAGACUAGUGUUCUCUUGGUG